AACUUGACAACUAGCUUUGAAGGAUCAUGGCUAAGCACCAUCCUGAUCUUAUCAUGUGCCGGAAGCAGCCAGGGAUUGCCAUUGGUCGCUUGUGCGAGAAGUGUGAUGGGAAGUGUGUCAUUUGUGACUCAUAUGUGCGGCCUUGCACGCUUGUCCGUGUCUGCGAUGAGUGCAAUUACGGUUCAUUUCAAGGUAGGUGUGUCAUAUGUGGAGGUGUUGGGAUCUCCGAUGCAUACUACUGUAAAGAGUGCACGCAGCAGGAGAAAGAUAGGGAUGGCUGUCCAAAGAUUGUAAAUUUGGGGAGUGCCAAAACAGAUCUUUUCUAUGAACGUAAAAAAUAUGGUUUCAAGAAAAGAUGAUGGGAUGCAGGCAUUAUCAUAACAGUAUGUUUUUGCUGAUUGACUAGUAGUUUGUAUGGGAUAGAGUAUUGCUUAUGCCAGAUAGAUCUCACCAUGCGUGUAUUCAGUUGCGGUGAUUAAUGUAGCCUCUGAAGUUUUACCUUGAAAAAGAAAAAUGUAGCCUUUUCCGGCAAACUUGAACGUAGGAGUGGAUAAAACAGUAUUUAGUGGAUGCAUUCGAAAUUGAUACUGAUUAUUCUUCCACCUUGAGUGAAA